AUGAAGUCACCAACAUUCACCACCAGAUUUCUGAAGUUUCUGAAGUUUCUGAAGUUACCUCUAUUGUACAGAUGUCUUGCUACCAAGAGCAAAGUAGUCCAAACUACGGAUGAGGCGCUUGCAGAUGUGGGAUCUAAUAUAACAUUAUUAUCUGGUGGGUUCGGGCUCAGUGGUGUUCCCGACACUUUGAUCAAUGCCAUGGUAAAAAAGCCAGAAAUUACCAACAUUGUAGCUGUUUCUAAUAAUGCUGGACUUGACGGACGAGGAUUAUCGCAAUUAUUGGUAACCGGUCAAAUCACAAAGAUGAUCAGUAGUUACAUAGGUAGUAAUCGAACUUUUGAGAAAUUGUACUUGACCGGUGGUAUCGAUUUGGAAUUGACACCUCAGGGAAAUUUGGCUGAACGUGUCAGAGCAGGUGCUGCUGGUAUACCGGCAUAUUAUUCACCAGUUGGUGUUGGAACUUGGCUAGAAGAGGGUAAAUUACCCGUGAGAUAUGACAGUUCUGGAGAAAAGAUUUUGAAACAAAGCAAACCCAGAGAAGUGAGAACUUUUGGUGGUAAGAAUUACUUAUUAGAAGAAGCAAUUCAAGGAGAUGUGGCACUUGUCAAGGCAUAUAAAGUUGAUACAUUGGGUAAUUGUUGGUUCCGAGGUGCAGCCAAUAAUUUCAAUUCGAUAAUGGGUAAGAAUGCCAAAUUGACCAUUGUAGAAGCUGAACAUAUAGUUGAGCCAGGUGAGAUUAAACCGGAGGAUGUCCAUUUGCCUGCUAUAUACGUUGAUCGUAUUAUCCAGUCAACGACACCUAAGGAUAUUGAGAUUUUCAAAUAUUCAGAGAGUGAUGAGACAUCAUCAUCAUCAUCACUGGAAAAAACUUUAAGUGCAAGUGAGUUGAAAAGAUCCAAGAUCAUUCGUAGAGCAGCCCAAGAGUUUAAAGAUGGAUCAUUUGUUAACUUGGGAAUUGGUAUGCCCACUUUAGCGCCAAACUAUUUACCCAAGGAUAUACAUGUUGUUUUACAAUCUGAAAAUGGUCUUUUAGGAUUGGGUCCAUAUCCAAAAAAGGGCCAAGAAGACCCAGACUUGAUUAAUGCAGGAAAGGAAACAGUUACCCUUGAACCGGGUGCUUCAUUAUUUGGUUCGGAAGAAUCGUUUGCUAUGAUUAGGAGCGGUAAGAUUGAUUUGACAAUUUUAGGAGGUUUGCAAGUUGCUGCAAAUGGAGAUCUAGCAAACUGGGGAUUACCUGGUAGGGUUAAAGGCAUGGGCGGAGCAAUGGAUUUAGUAAGUAAUCCUGCAAACACAAGAGUAGUUGUUGUUAUGGAGCACGUGGAUAAAAAGAAUAGACCCAAGAUUUUAGAGCAAUGUCAGUUCCCAUUGACUGGUCAAAGAUGUGUUUCCAGAAUCAUUACCGAUUUGGCCGUGUUUGAUAUUAUUAACGAGAAACUAGUAUUGAUUGAAAUUGAUCCUGAGAGCAGUAUUGAGGAGAUUAGAGAGAAAACAGGAGCAAAAUUCAAUGUCUCACCGGAGUUAAAGACCAUUAGUAUUUAA